CAACAGACAUGACAAUUGCGUGUUGCCUUCAGCGACUAAUCAAUCUCGGAGUUCCGGACGCAACAGGAUCCCGCUGAAGCCUAAGACUUUGACGGCAUAAUAAACUCGCUUUAGCCAGUUUCUCGCACCUAACCUAUAGGCAGCAAUACCUCAUAUGGUCCUAUGCCUUAAUCUUGAUCAAACCACGUUUCCUCCGUGGUAUGAUACAUCUUCGCCAGAGUAGCGUUUGAGGUCUGGAAAUAUCUGUGACAUACCUCUGUAUUUAACUAGGAAGCUUAAGUUUAUUAUAUACUGUAUCAUCCUACACUUCCCGCCGGUGACGGACUUUCAUGCAACAAUCUCCACGGGACUCUUGGCAUGGACCACCUCUGCAUCCAACAGACGUCAUAAGAGACGUCAUGGCCACGGAAGGGCUCCACGUACCAGGCGGAGGCGGUGAUGUAGCUGGCCACGCUUUUGCUAACUUGACAUCCCCGCCAAGAGGCCGCGAUUCAACAAUUGGGCCGCCCCAGCAUGAACCAAUACUACAUCAUCCAUACGAUACAGCCAGUCACCACUACCAACAGCAGCCAGAUCGCGACAGUGGAAGACAUCCGCGACAACAUCCCUUAUCGGCCAGCACGCCCCAACCAUACCCACAGCACCAGCACCUCCAUGUUCAGCAGCAGCCGCAGUACGUGCCUCCAGUAUCAACAGCUCCAUGGAAUAUGUCUGCCUCGACCUCAUCCACACCUGCAAUGGCUGCUCCCGGGCCUCUGGCUGCAGCCCUCAACCGCAGUCGCGCUGUUGCAGCGCAGCAACAGCAGCAGGGCCGGCCACAUGGACUGACUCCGGCAGGCUUCGGUACCGGCAUUGCUGGGCCCUUCCCGGCCCAGCCCACACCCUCCACCGCACCCGCAUCUCAGCCCCCUCCUGCCGGCAUCAACCACGGUGGUGCAGCCAACAACAUCCCCAGCAGCGGCAGCAGCCGGAACGCCGCAGGUGCUGGUGCUAGCGGCGGCAGCGGCGGUGGCGCCUGCGGUAGCAGCGGCGGCGGUGCUGGCAGCAGCAGCAGCAGCGGCAUGCCGUACACCUCCAUGCCCAUGUCCUCGCAUGCAUACCCAGCUGCAGCAGCAGCAGCCCCCAACGUCGCCUCCUCGCUCUCCAUGGCCACUUUUGCGCCGCUGUCGGCGAAUCUGGGUCGGGGCGGGGCGGGUGGCGGCGGUGGGGGAUUCCCGGCGGGAGAGUUUCCACCGGAGCUGACCUUCUCUCCGUUGCAGGCCAACCUAUGGGCAAACCAGCGAGCCAGACUACAACAGCAACAGCAACAACUGGCGCAGCAACCGCCGCCACAGGAUCAAAGGGGCCACUCGUCGUCAUCCGCGAUUCCGCAGGCGCAACAGCAACAGCAGCAUCAGCUAUUACCGCACCAGCACUCCGCACCCCAGCCGUCGGCGAUUACCAACGCCCCGUUAAGUGCGGGCAUGGCGGCUCGAAGCAGCAGGGUCGGCUUGCCUGGUAACAACCCAAAUCCCAUGUUGCAGCCGCCGCCACAGCAACAACAGCAGCCAGUAUUGUCGAUGGCGCAUUCACAACAAAUACAACAACAACAGCUACAGCAGCAGCAACAGCAGCAGCAACAGCGACCCUUUUCCCCUCUUCAGCAACAGCUCAUGCGACAAACACCAACGGUCCCUCCGGGCUAUGCGGAACAACAGCUGCGAAUCCAACAGCAAUUACAGCAAGAGGUACAACAACAGCAACAUGAGGCUCAGCAGCACGCUCCCAAUAGCGGCGGCACCACCAGCAGCAGCCAGCCACCACAACGCAAGCAGCUAUCUGCCGCCAAAAUGCCCUCUUGGAUGCGGCAACAGAUACAACCGCGUCUAGGAACGCCAAGUACCACAGCAACAGCGGCAGCAGCAGGGGAUGCCGUACAGCAGAGUCUUCCUCCGCCUCCGCCUGAACCAGAUGCCGUACAUGUCCCUCCACCACCGCCGUCGCCGCCACAGGCGCAGGGGGUUCCGCCCCCGGCCGCUUCAGCGCCGCCGCUGCCUCAGCCUCCAGCAACAGCCUUGCCACUUGCGGCACCCACUGCGGUCGUCGUACCGGAGCCCGCGCCGUCGGCGUCGAUGAAAGCGGUAGCGGGCACGCCGCAAGCAGCAGAGGCGCAGUCUGCGGCGGCUGACGGCUCUGAGGUGCCGCCGGCAGCACCGCCGCCGCAGCCGGCUGCUUCAACGGCACCCGCAGCGGCGGAGGCGGGCACUUUGCAGGGAGUCCCAGCGGCGGCACCAUCCUCCACCGCACCUGCCGCAGCUGUCGAGGAGGAGCUGCCGGCGGCGGUGGCGGAGGCGGAGGUGACGUUGCCAGAGCCGCCGCUGGCGGCGGAGUCGGCGAUGGCAACACUCGCGGCAGCAAGCACAGAUGCGUGGUGGCAGCAUCACCAGCUUCACAAUAACCAUCAACGCCAGAAGGCAGAAGCCUCACGUCGCGAUGGUGACGGCACCUCCUCCGACGGAUCUUGGUCCGACGCAGGCGGCCAGGAGCCGCCGCCGCCGCCGCCAGCGGCGACGUCGGAUUCCGCCCGUCCGCCGUCGCUGCAGCAACUGCCACCGCUACUGCCGCCGCAACAACCCGUCAGCAGUCCUGCCGCAGCUGAAGUUGCCGCCAGUAGCGCCGUUGGUGCUACGACAUCAGCGGCGGGGGAAGCAACGUUGGCGGAGCCGAUUCGCGAUGUCAGCCCUGACUUGGCAGCCAUACGGCGGUUGCCGUACAGCCCUGGAUCAGCUGUACGGCAGGAAAUACGGCCCGGUGUUGUGGCUGGCGCGGUCAAGUCGCUGCAGGAGCCUCGAGAGGCGGCGGCGAUGUCUCAGGGAGGGGCUGACGGGGGCAGCGGCGUCAGGGCCGGGUCUAAUGUGAGUCGUACGACAGUGGCGGCGGUUGCGGCGGCCCUGACGGCGGCGGCGACGCCGCCAUCAUCGUCGCCGUCUGCAGCAACGCAAGUGACCGGACGACGCUCUGCCGUACAGUGGCCGCCGCCGCCUACGUCGCCGUCGCCGACGAGGAGUGCGACGCCGCCGACACGGGCAAAGACGCCGUCGCCUGGCGGCCGGGUAAGAUCGGCUUCCGCACAAGCGACGCUUGAUGAGCUCACGGCGCGUUUCGUGGCCCGGGAUAUACUCUCUGACGGCACCGUCGGCGUCGGCUCCACUGCUGCUGCUGCCGUCUCCGUGGCGUCACCACCGCCGCCAGCCGUCCGACCCAAUAGCCCUAUUGCUGCCGCGCCGACAAUCGCCUCCGCACCCGCACCGGCUAGUCCUGCGACGGCGGCGGCGGCGGCAUCCGCGACAGCGACUUCAGCGACGCCUAAAGAAGCAACAACUGCCGAGUUAACCCCAGUUGCCAAAUGCCAUGAAGGCAGCACUGAAUGCGUUGGUGCAGGAGCCGGAACGGCAGCCGCCGACAACACUAGCGACGGUGGCGCCGCCGUCGGUUGCAGCGGUGGCGGCGGCGGUUGGCUUUCCCGGUUCUGGCCCGGCGCCUGGUCUUCUCCUCGGUCGUCCUCAAAGACGCCACGAUCUCCACACACUGCCGCGGCGUCGGUUGCAUCAACGCCAACGAAAACGACAACUACGGCAGGAACGAGCGACGGCGGCGGCGGUGGUAACGACGGCGGGAAGGUUGGCAUUGCAGCUGUGAUCUCCCUGACGCUUGCCCCAGAGCUACCAGCUUCGACGGUGACGUCACCAAGCAGGCAUGUAGAAAGGGAUACGAGCUUAGACAGCGGCAAACUGCCCACUGAGCAGGCAGCCUCCGCUGCGCCACCGCCGCCGCCGCCACUGCCGCCGCAAACGUUUGGCACCAGCACAACAACCAAGACCGAUGCGCCGCCGCCGUCGUCUUCGUCGCUGUCGUCGCCGCCUAGCGUCAAGACAGCUGCUGCCGCAGCUGGAUCCCCGCCGCCGCCCCCGGGCCCGCCGCCACCGCCGCCAGCCGUAAACGCUUCUGAAAGCGCCGUCAGCGCCGGCGCACACAGCAAACACCGCGGCACCGCUCCGCCGCCGCCGCCGCCGCCGGGACCUCCGCCGCCGCCCCCGUCAGCAAUUCCAAACAAACCCCGCGGCGCUCCGCCACCCCCGCCGCCGGGACCGCCGCCGCCGCCGCCCGGUAUCUCUGUGCCUAAGGCGACAAAAGCCCCUGCUUCCGCUGCCGCCGGCGCUGGCAGCAGCGGCAGCGGUGCGCGGCAAAGCUCGGCUGCCGCCGCCGCCGACCCGGGCGCCGCUAUGUCACAGGCCCUAGAGGCUAUCAAGUCUGGGAACUUUCGGCUGCGACCGCCCCACGAGCGAGAACAGGCAGCAGCCAAACGCGCCGCCGCCGCUGCCGCUGCCGCCGCCGCCGCUGCCUGCAGUACGGCGGAUGGGCAGCGUCCGCCGACGGCGACCACGACGCCCACAUCGACGCCAGUCGCCACGCCGGCGGCGACGCCAUCAGCGGCGGCGCGUCGCGGCGGCGGCGGCGCUAACGCCAUGGAUGAGGUGCUGGGGGCCAUUAAGGCCGGCGCCUUCCACCUGCGUUCCAGGUCCAGGUCAGAGGCGGGUCCGGGUCGCAAGGGUCGUCAGCGGGCUGCGGAGGCGGCAGCGGCGGAGGCAGCCGCGGCUGCUGCUGCUGCGGAAGCGGCAGCUGGGGGCUUCCUACCCUCCGGCAACCCCCAGGCUCGUCUCAUCGCACGAGCCCAGCAGCUACGGAGCGUCAUGGCACUUGAUGCCGCCAGCGACAGCGACAGCGACGGCGACGGCGGCAAGUGGCUGCGGGAUGGGAAGGGAAAGUGAGUAUACCGCUUAUGGCGGCAUCUGCAUCCGUAGCAGCAGCAGCAGCGCAUAAGGAAAGCGGCAGGAUUGGCUUUGGCAGUUGCACAUGGUUUCGAGGUGAGGAGUAGACACAGGAUGCGCGAGCGUGUGUAUGUAAAAGGGCGUCGAGGGGGAUGCGGUGAAAGUAACACUGGCAGCGACACGGCGGCCAUGCGGCGCCAGUAGCGAAAGGCGGAGGCGAUGUUAUUAGCUGGAUGCUUUUGCUUUUCUUGCCGUACAUGACGUGCGCCUGUCGUACAUGUGUCGGAGCCGUGUGGCUCUUUUGAAAUGGAAGGUGGGAUGAAAGAAGAGAGGAAUGGUGGUGGCGGAGUGUCUAUGCUUUAGGUGUGCUGGUGGUGGUGUCCUGGUGUGAUCAGGGCUUGGUUAGUCUUUUAGGAAGGAUGGUGCUGAUACGAUGCUUGGAGCAGGCAGGGAAAGGAAGGCAAGUGGUAGGAGAGGGAACAUUUACGCAUGUGCCAGCAUGCGCAGAGUCACAUAGCAAUGAUAGUAUGCAUGCAGGCAGAUGAGGACCCAUGGGUCUCUUUAGGUGCGGUAGAUGGUGCAUGCGGAGAGGCGAGUGUGGACGCUGCUGUACAGCAGUAUGUCGCCAUGAAAUGACUUGUAACAACCCGUUACACAG